AUGACAAAGAUGUACCAAGACCUCCGACAUAUGUUUUGGUUGCCUGGCAUGAAGAAGGACAUAACAGAGUAUGUAUCUAAAUGCCUCACUUGCCAGAAGGUCAAAAUGGAACAUCAAAGACCGUCAGGGCUUUUACAUCCUCUAAAUAUUCCGGAAUGGAAAUGGGAUAGUAUCUGUAACUGGGAUGACUAUCUGCCGUUAGCAGAAUUUGCUUAUAAUAAUAGUUAUCACUCCAGUAUACAGAUGGCUCCGUAUGAAGCUUUGUAUGGUUGCAAGUGUAGAUCCCCACUAUGUUGGACAGAAUUAGGGGAGCGAAAGCUAUAUGGGCCAGACCUAGUCGAGAGACCAUGUGUUCUUGAAAGUGUCUCUGACAACGGGAGUAGGAAGGUCUUUGAAAUCGAAGAAAUUGUCACCAAAAUACAUCUACCUUUCCAGAUUCUGUCAAAAGUAAAACCAGUGGCAUAUAAAGUGGCCCUACCCCCAAACCUUAGUCAGAUACAUGAUGUCUUCCAUGUAUCCCAGUUAAAGAAGUACCAGCCAGAUCCCUCUCAUGUUUUGGGAUAUGAAGAUAUUACACUGCGAGAUGACCUAACCUGGGAGAUCAAACCAGUAAAGAUCAUUGAUCAUCAAGUAAAGCAGCUGCGACGGAAAUCCAUCCCAAUGGUUAAAGUCAUCUGGGAGAAUCUAGCACAACAAGAAGCAACCUGGGAGAAGGAAGACGACAUGAAAGAUAAUUAUCCUAAACUCUUCGAAUAA